AUGGGUUGCGGUUCCGAAGGAUCAGAUGUCAAAGGUGGUUCUGCACUCAAGAACCGCUUGAAGGAGCUUGGAAGCUCUGACGUGCACCGCAGCAAGUCCGUAGAUGAUGUUGGAUACGCUGUGGCUGAAAAUGGUGCGUAUGAAGUUUACGAUAAUGAUGAGAUGUUGACUAGUGAAAUGAGCGGGUCAUCGUCCUCUAAAAGACGCAAAAGAUCGACAUUGGCAUGUGUAAGAUGUCGCAGACGGCAUGUAAAGUGCCCUGGAGGUCAGCCGUGUGCCAAAUGUGCUUCUGCAAACAUAGCAUGUGAGUAUUUGGAGCCUAAUAAGAAGCUAAUAGUAUCGAUGAAAUAUCUACAGGAUCUACAGGAAAGCUUGGCCAACAUGAAACGAGAGAAUGUGAGAUUGCAAUCAUUAGUAACUAGUUUACAGUCCAACUACGAGUCCGAUGUUGAGGCCAAAGAGGCGGAUUCUGGGCCUAGUAGCAGAGUUUUGUCAUCAAUGGAUUUGGAUGACACAAGAGAUACGCAGUUCAAUAAGAAUACUGCAGAUGUUUGUGUUAAUAACGAAACUGCGUCACAGACAAUUGGAACAUCGGAAGAUGACGAAGAUAUUGUUCCAACAUUUGCUCGCGGUAGGCUCGUUGAAUCGAGGACUGGUCAAAGAUACUUUGUUGGACCCUCUUCUAUGACUUUAUUCGGUCUGGAGAUUCAAUCGCUGAUAUCAAAAUAUUUGUCAAAGAAGAUACCCAAUCAUGUUACCACGGGAAAUCUGCCGCUGCCGCCCAAAGAAUUCGACGAGCCUGUCAACGAGGUCUUACAAGAAGAAGGAAAUGCAUACAAAAUUGUUUUGUCCAAAAACGAAGACAAUGUUGAUAUCUCUGUGAAUUUCACUCUUCCGUCGUAUUCCUAUGCCAUGUUUCUGGUUGAUACCUUCAUUACAUAUAAUGAUGGCUGCUUCUAUUUCUUCAACGAGGGUUUGGUCAAACACGGUCUCAAGAUUGCGUAUGAAGGCAAAACACUCUAUGACGACCAUACUUUGCAAACGAUUUGGUUUUGUAAGGUUUUGCUUAUCUUCGCCAUUGGCGAAAUGUAUUUGGGGACAUCAAAUAACGUAAAUGGCAACAAGAUCUCAUUUAAAGAUACAGCUAAAUUACCAGGCUCAGGUUUCUUCGAAGACGCUUCGCAGAUCUUCAGUUGUCUUUUCUCAAGCGGUAAGAUUGAGAGUGUUACAAAGGAGGGUGCUAUCGAAGUAUUGUUACUUUAUGCCUUUUACCUACAAGUGGCAGAUUGUACAGUGGCAUCAUAUUUCUAUUUUGGUCAAGCUCUUCGAGCUUGUCUGAUCCUCGGUUUACAUGUCGACGCACAAAGGGACCAGUUGACGCGAUUCGAGCUGGAGCAUCGUCGUCGUUUAUGGUGGUCUGUGUAUAUGUUUGAAAGAAUGCUCAGUAGCAAAGCUGGUCUCCCGUUGAGUUUCGCUGACAAUACGAUUUCAACUGAGUUGCCAGAUGAUUUUGAUAUGUCCAAUCCACCAGCAGGAAGCGAGCAUUAUAUUUUCCCUGAGGCUGAGUAUAUUAUUAACUGUGUCAAAAUAGUUCAGAUCAAUGCACAAAUACUCAAUAAACUCUAUCAGAAGCAACCAACGUCUAAUAUCCUUCCCGCUUUAAAAAACAUUGUGAAGCAGCUGUUGGAGUGGAGAAAUAACCUUUCAGGUUUCUUACAAAUUGAUUUUACCAGUAAAGAUUUAAAGAUUUCUCGCCUGUGUACGAACAUGUUCACGGAGUAUUUUCAGGGUUUGAACCUGGCAAUAAGGCCACUACUAUUCCAUUUCGCCUCCAUUCAAUUGAAGCGAUUCAAGCAAAGCGAGACUUAUAUCAACUUGCAGCAUUACUCUCCUGCCAUAUCCGCCCUGUUGAACUGCUCACUUCAAGCAUCCGUGAACACAAUACGCUCGCUAUGGGCUCUGAUGGACCAGAAUAUGGUCGCACUCUUUGGUUACAUGGAUAGAGAGUAUCUUUUUACCUCAUGUUGCACUUUGGUUCUCUUUAAUGCUACCUUCGGCAUUCAUGAGCAAACAUAUGAGCACUUGGAUCAUGCGCUGGAUAUACUCACGAAAAUGAGAAACCUUGGUAAUAAUCCAGCAUGUCUACGGAGGACACAGCUUCUCACCUUGAUGGCCAACUUUGAUUUUCAUGGAAUUAUGAAGGAUCUCAUAACUAAGCAUAAUGAUUCGCUCAAACCGGAUUCGCAAUUCGAUGUUCAUGAUUACAAGAAUGUGAACGUCGUGUCACAUACUAGCACUGACAUGACAACCCUUUCGGAUGUUAUCAAUGCUACGCUGACCGAAUCGUUCCAAACAAACCUUACAAAAAAUGAAACUCGAAUCGCUGAGGAAAAUAAUAACCAGUUAGAUCCAAUGGACUUUGUGGAUAACGGUGAUUUACAGAAGUUGCUCGAUAAAAUGAAUAAAGUAAGUCGAUUGGAUAGUAAGCUAUGGAAGGACGUGUCUGAUCAAGCGAUGUGGCUAGGUAGCGCGACGGAUCUUCCUGGGGUAGCGGGAAAUGACAUGGACAAUGGCGAAUUCUUGAGAAGAACUCCUUGA